UGGAGCCCUACGCGGAGGCGGUGGUGGCAGCGGUGGCUGCGGCCCCGGCCGCCUAAGGAGCGAAGUGCUGGGGCGCAGGGAGUACAAGGAACCGAGCGAUCGCGCCCAAGCCUGGGCCGCGGGGUCAGGCUGCCGAUUGGCCAACGGCUCCUUUCAACCCUGCCUCGUUGGUGGCCACUGGAGAAGCGCGGGGGGCUCCCCCAGACAGCCGUGGGGACAAGUUAGAUCCAGCACUUUACCCUGGGCCUUGCGUGUAGCUGCCCGUCCCUUCUUGCUCUAGGUGCCCCGGUGUCCGAAGGGGGGUGGGUGGCGGGAGGUGCCCUCCUUACAUGUACCACCACCCAGGCGACCCUGAGCUCUUAUUCCAUCUCGCUCUUGCUUCCCGCACUGUGGUCAAGAGCCACUUUACAUCAUGUCCCGGUAUAGCUACCAAAGUCUCCUGGACUGGCUCUAUGGGGGCGUGGACCCCAGUUUUGCAGGCAAUGGGGGCCCCGACUGUGCUGCCUUCCUCUCUUGGCAGCAGCGGCUGCUGGAAAGUGUGGUGGUCCUGACCCUGGCCCUGUUGGAGAUCCUGGUGGCCCUGCGGCACAUCCUGAGGCGGACGGAGGACGGUAGGGGUGGCCAUGGCAGCCAGCCACAGCAGGUGACCCAGCGGCCAGAGGAAGGCAAGGAGAGCCUGAGCAAGAAUCUGCUCUUAGUAGCCCUGUGCCUGACCUUCGGGGUAGAGGUGGGCUUUAAGUUCGCCACCAGGACCGUCAUCUACCUGCUCAACCCCUGUCACCUGGUCACCAUGAUGCAUAUCUUCCUUCUUGCCUGCCCCCCAUGUCCAGGAGCUAUCGUUGUUUUCAAGUUACAGAUGCACAUGUUGAAUGGAGCUCUUCUGGCACUGCUGUUUCCUGUGGUAAACACCCGGCUGCUCCCCUUUGAACUGGAGGUUUACUAUAUUCAGCAUGUCAUGCUCUAUGUGGUGCCCAUCUACCUGCUUUGGAAAGGAGGUGCUUAUACCCCAGAGCCCCUCAGCAGCUUCCGGUGGGCUCUUCUUUCAACUGGCCUCAUGUUCUUUUACCACUUCAGCUUCCUACAGAUCCUCGGCCUGGUCACCGAAGUGAAUUUGAACAACAUGCUGUGUCCGGCCAUCUCAGACCCAUUCUACGGCCCCUGGUAUCGCAUCUGGGCCUCGGGACACCAGACUCUCAUGACCAUGACCCACGGGAAGCUGGUCAUCCUGUUCUCAUACAUGGCUGGGCCCUUGUGUAAAUAUCUGCUGGAUUUGCUCCGGCUUCCAGCCAAGAAAAUAGACUGAAGGUGCUUGGUUUUGGUUUUGGUUUGGUUUGGUUUUUUGGUGUUUUUUUUUCCUCCCUAAGGAAGCAAAUCCUGACUUGACUUGGAAAACACUCAGUCCUUGAUGAAAUCAUUGGAGAGGGCAGUAGGAUGUUUGGUGUAUUUCUUUUUUUUCUUCCUCUCUGUCCCUUUCUUCCAUCAUUCUUCCUUCCCCAGCUCCUAUCCCUCUAGGAUGUCUCCUUGUGCCUAGGCAUGGUGCUAGGGGCUAGGUCUUCCCCCCCCCUUCCCUCUCCUUGGCUCUGUCUUCCUGCUCUGCUCUGAGUGGCCUUACACAGGGAGGUAGUAGUCUUGGCUCCCUCACCCUGCUUGUUGGUGCUUUAACAACAGCUGGUUGAGGAAACAGGGAACAACAAGCAGUAAUUCUUCCAGCAUCCAAGUGACAAGUUUAGUUGGCAUUCAUUUCUCCACUGCCAGGGACCUCCAGUCUCUUGCUGGGAUCCCCUUUUGUCUCCAGCACAGUCCCCAUCCUAAGGGGACUGAGGCCUUGUUUAUAUACCAGCAGCAAGUCCAGAGUGAAGGGAUUUCCCAGCUCAUGGCCAAAAUAGAAUUGGCCAGAUUCUUCCCACUACUGUCCCAUGAUUCAAAAGCAGGGAGCCCCUCAGCCUUGCUCCAUCAAAACACUGCCUAGAGUGGGAAGUGAGAAUGUCAUGCACCCCACGUUUGAGAUCCCAUUGAGGGGUUUAGAGAUCUGUUGCAUUGGCAAAUCUAAAGCAAAAAGGAAACAAACCAUAUAUGCCACACCAGGCAGGACCCUAACAACUGCCCACGAAAGCUGAGAACUGAACAUAUCCCAAUGAAAAGUGAGUGUCAAAAGUAAAUUAAUCAAAGCAAGUGAUAACUUGAGCAAACUGUGAUUCAAAUCAUGUUCCAUGUUCAUGGUGAUAAUAGGCAUGUGACCCUC